AUGUUAUCUUAUCCUACAUAUUUUGAAUUUUAUCGUCGUAAAUUGAUGACAUUAACAUUUAUAAUCAGAAAUGAUGAGGUCUUAUUGGGUAUGAAAAAUCGUGGUAUGGGAAAAGGUAAAUGGAAUGGAUUUGGCGGCAAAAAGGAACCCAAUGAAACAAUUUUUGAUGCUGCUAAACGAGAGGUGAAAGAAGAAUGUGGAUUGGAUGCCAUAUCUAUGAAAAAAAUUGGUUUUAUAGAUUUUGAGUAUGCUGGAUCAAAUGAAAUUUUGGAAGGCCAUAUAUAUCUAUGUGAUAAAUUUAAAGGUCACAUAGUUGAAUCAGAUGAAAUGGCGCCAAUAAAGUGGUUCAAAAUUAAUCAAUUUCCAUUGGAAAACAUGUGGGUUGAUCAUAAACUUUGGUUUCCUAUGGUAUUAAAACAAAUUCCAUUUAAAGCACAUUUCAUGUAUUUAGAUGAUGAUACCAUCGUGGAUAGUACCAUCAAAUUAUUAAGCCUUCUCAAAAAGACCAAGGAAAUUUGGGUUAAUGUUAUUGUUAAGAAAGAUAACAAAAUACUUAUUUCUAAUUAUCUUGAAGAAUUUAAAAUCUUUAAACAGCAUCAAAAAGUUACAAAAGGAGAGUCUUUGCAAAAUGCAGCCUUAAGAUAUUUAAAAAGUAAUUAUGAAAUAACUACUGAGGUGGUACCAAAGAUGGCUGUUGUUAAUGUUGAACUCACUGAUAUCUAUUCUAUGCCAUCUAUAAUUCAAGAAAUUCAUAUGUUUGUUAUGGACGUUUCAAAAAAAUUCACACAAACAAAUGAUUAUCGAUGGACUGAUAUAAGCAACGUAACAUUUUGUGCAGAUAAAAAGUUGUUGUCAACAUUAUUUAAGAUGAAACCAUUUAAAGCAUAUUUUCUAAUGGACAAUGAUGACGUUUUAUGCAGCAAAUAUUACAACAAUUAA